CUUUGAUGGUGGCCGGGUCCUUUGCCGUACAAGUCUGAGUUCAUUGCUUUGCUCUUCUCCUUUGACCUAGAGGCCAAUCUGGCUGUACCCGAGUUGCUGCCUCUGAAGGCUGCCAUCACCCUCUGCGAGCUGCGGGAUGGCGCCCCCUGCAGUUUCACUGGCUUCACUGCUGCUGGUGGUGACCCUGGCAGGUGGUGCCUGCCAGCAGUGCAGCCAGGGGAGGACCUACCCCAACGCCGUCAUUCCGGCCAACCUGGAAACCGUCAGAAUCGUGCCAGUGCCUCAGACCUUCUCCCUGGGGGCCUGCACGGCCGCGUGCUGCGACCUGCCCAGCUGCGACCUGGCCUGGUGGUUCGAGGGCCGCUGCUUCCUGGUGAGCUGCCCGCAGGAGGAGAACUGUGCGCCCCAGAAGACUGGCCCGCUCAGGUCGUACCUCGUGUUUGUGCUCAGGCCCGAGGGGAGGCCCGCGCCGCUGCUGGACUACGGGGAGAGGAUGCUGAGCAGGGCCGCCGCCGCGGGGGCCUGGGGGGACCCGGCCGAGGGUACCAGGGAGGACUUGCCCCUUGGAGGCCAAGGCCAAGGCCGGGGCAUGGAGGGGAUGGCGGGGAUGGCUGAGCCCUCCGAUGACGACGGGGAGAUGGAGCCCAGUCUCCUGCAGCCCAGCCCCAAGCAAGGCCCCAGCGGGAGCGCCGAGCCCGCGGCCUGGAGCCUGCAGCCCGGAGGCGACGGCCACAGCCCCGCGGCGUCCUCGGAGAAGCCGCGGGACCCGGAGCGCCCCUCGCGGAAGGACUCUGCCGGCUCCGCGUCCCCCGAGCACAGCCCGGACAGCGGCGAUCCGCCUCCCUCGGCCGCCACGCCCCCUCCCGGCCGGGCGCUGGGGAAGGGGGCGGCUUCUCUGCGAGCCCGCGGCGGCUCGGGGCGCGAGGUGCUAAAGCCUUCCCAGAGUCCUUCUGCCAGCCUGGGGUUCAGGCCAGCCGCCCUGGAGGAAAGCUCUGCUCCCACAGCCACCCCGCAGAGCGCAGAGUGCAGCAUCCCAACCGUCCCCAGUAGUGCUGUCCCUCCUGGGUCCACUCCGGGGCCACCCGUAUCUCCUACCGCUGCUCCCAGGACAGUGGAAGAACUGUGGGUGUCGGCGGGAGACAACCUGGUAGUGACCUUGCCCCAGGACCGGGUGGAGCUGAAGGCCUCCGUGGUGCCAGCGCCACCUGCAGAAACAACCUACAAGUAUGAAUGGAGCCUAAUAAGCCACCCAGCAGAUUACCAGGGUGACAUUGAGCAAGGUCACAGGCCGACUCUUCACCUCUCCCAAUUAUCAGCCGGACUGUAUACCUUCAAGGUGGCCGUUUCUGGUGAGAAGGCCUCUGGAGAGGGCUUUGUCAACGUCACUGUGAAGCCAGCCGGAAGAGUCAACCUGCCUCCAGUGGCUGUUGUUUCUCCCCAGAGACAGGAGCUCGCUCCGCUGACGACAGCAGCGCUCAUCGAUGGCAGCGGGAGUACAGAUGACUCUGAGAUAGUGAGCUAUCGCUGGGAAGCAGUCAGCGGGCCCCUCGCGGGGCAGCACCUGUCCGACGCCCCCAUCCUGCGCGUGGCUAACCUUGCUCUUGGCAACCACACCGUCAGGUUGACCGUCACUGACUCUGAUGGAGCCACCAAUUCCACCACUGCCACCCUGACCGUCGGCAGUGCUGUGGACCACCCACCUGUCGCCAACGCAGGCCCAAAUCAGACCAUGACCUUGCCCCAGAACUCCAUCACUUUGAACGGAAACCAGAGCAGUGAUGAUCACCAGAUCGUCCUCUAUGAGUGGUCCCUGGACCCCAGCAGUUGGAGCAAAGAGGGAGCACAGACCCCGUACCUUCAUCUGUCUGCUCUGCAGGAAGGAGAGUACGCCUUCCGGCUGCUGGUGACAGACUCUGCCGGUCAGCAGUCCACUGCUGUGGUCGCUGUGGUUGUCCAGCCUGGAAACAACAGGCCUCCCGUGGCCGUGGCCGGCCCCGACAAGGAGCUGGUCUUCCCAGUGCAAAGUGCCACCCUGGAUGGGAGCCGGAGCAGUGAUGACCACGGCAUUGUCCACUACCACUGGGAGCACAUCGGAGGCCCCAGUGCAGUGGAGAUGGAGAACGUGGACAGGGCUGUGGCCACCGUCACCGGGCUGCAGGUGGGUACCCACCUCUUCCGCCUCACAGUGGCAGACCAGCAGGGGCUGAGCAGCACGUCCACCCUGACUCUGGCAGUGAAGAAGGAAAGUAACAGUCCUCCCAGAGCCCGGGCUGGUGGCAGGCAUGUUCUCGUCCUUCCCAAUAAUUCCAUUACUUUGGAUGGUUCAAGGUCUACCGACGACCAAGGCAUUGUGUCCUAUCUGUGGGUGCGGGAUGGCCAGAGUCCUGCUGCGGGGGAUGUCAUCGAUGGCUCUGACCACAGUGUGGCCCUGCAGCUCACCAAUCUGGUGGAGGGGGUCUACACUUUCCACUUGAGAGUCAGCGACAGCCAGGGGGCCUCGGACAUGGACACCGCCACUGUGGAGGUGCAGCCAGACCCGAGGAGGGGCGGCCUGGUGGAGCUGAUCCUGCAGGUGGGGGUCGGGCAGCUGACAGAGCAGCGGAAGGACGCCCUGGUGAGGCAGCUGGCCGUGCUGCUGGACGUGCUGGACUCGGACAUCAAGGUCCAGCGGAUCCAGGCGCACUCGGAUCUCAGCACCAUGCUCGUGUUCUAUGUGCAGAGCGGGCCUCCCGCCCAGGUCCUCAGAGCCGCCGACGUGGCCCGAGCCCUGCACAGGCGGCUGUCACGGGAGAGGGCCGACUUCUUGCUUUUCAAGGUCUUGAGGGUGGACACAGCAGGCUGCCUUCUGGAGUGUUCUGGCCACGGCCGCUGCGACCCCAUCACCAAGCGCUGCGUCUGCUCCCAGCUGUGGAUGGAGAACCUGAUCCAGCGCUAUGUCCGCGAUGGGGAGAGCAACUGUGAGUGGAGCAUAUUCUAUGUGACGGGGCUGGCUUGCGCUCUCCUAGUGCUGGCAGGAGGCGUGACGUGGCUGUGCAUCUGCUGCUGUCACAGACAAAAAAGGACUAAAAUCAGGAAGAAAACGAAGUACACCAUCCUGGACAACAUGGACGAACAGGAGAGAAUGGAGCUGAGGCCCAGAUACAGCAUCAAGCACCGGAGCACGGAGCACAACUCCAGCCUGAUGGUGUCCGAGUCCGAGUUUGACAGUGAGCAGGACACCGUCUUCAGCCGGGAAGGGAUGGAGAGAGGGCAUCCCCGGGCGUCCAGGACCGGCUCCGUCAGGAACGGGGCUUCCUUCAGCUACUGCUCCAAGGACAGAUAGUGCAGCAGCCGGAGAUGGAGGACCCCGUGGGACCCUGUGUGCAGGACCACUGUGGCCUGGAACAGGAAGCCCACUUGCCCUGCACACUGACACCUCUCCCAGGGGCCUGGUGGGCUUCUGUAGGAAGAGGCCGGGUUUCUUGGGGUUGAAAAUGGAACCUUGCUCUUCUGACCGGGAGGCUCGUUAGCGGGCCUGAAGGCCGGGUGAAUUCCCAGGCUACGCGCGGGUGAGAGUUGUGUGUUUCCAAAGCUGGCCCUGUGCUGAUGCUCAUGUCCAGGUGAAGCUUCACACCUGUGUGUGUCUGUAGAACCUUAGAGAGCGUUCGGUGGCUGGCAGAAGCUCAGGAGCUGAGGAAAGGGAAAGGGGAGGCCGGACAUCCAAGGUAGCAUGUAACAUCGUCUCUUCCUUCUCUGAGAGAGAGCCGACGCUGAGCCUCUCUCACCUGUCCAUAGCCACCCACCACAGUGGAAUCACCAAUUCACUGAACAUUGAGUCUCACCGCGGGCCGGGCAUUUGGACUGCCCCAGAUGGCGGUAACCGCUCCGUGACCCGUGAGCCAAGGUCCUGAAAUCCGGUCAGUCUUCAUGCAGGUGGCAGGGUGCUGAGGAUCUGGGCCCCUGAGGCACUUUCCAUAAUAACCGGACCUAUAUCCACUUCAUAUGCUUAAAAGUGAUACUUGUUAAA